ACUUCACUGAGUGAACUCGAAAGCUGUUGCCGAUUCUCCAAUGGCGCUUGCUCGCUACACCGUCGCGGUUCCUGUCGAAUCCUUAAAGCAGGUUAAGACUUCGAUUCUGAAACCAUCUGCUUCUUCUUCUUCUUCCGACUCUCACUUUCCACUCUUCUUCUCCGCUCGCAAGCCUCGAAGCGUUUCAAUCUCUUCCGGAAUCGGACGUAGACUCAGCCACUUUCAUGCUCCGGCUGCUCAGGCCGAGCCGCAGGAGUCUUCUCCGGCGAGUUUGGCCGCGGAGGCCUUCACUCAUUUCAAGCACGUGCUUUUGCCGAUCACCGAUCGCAAUCCCUAUCUCUCCGAAGGAACAAGACAGGCUAUAGCUACUUCUGCUGCUUUGGCGAACAAGUAUGGGGCUGACAUUACUGUUGUAGGAAUAUAGGAGUUUCCUUUGUUUGCAGUUAUUGAUGAGAAGCAGAAGGAAUCGAUUCCGGAGCAUGAAACGCAACUUUCGACCAUCCGCUGGCAUCUCUCCGAAGGUGGAUUCCAAGAAUUUAAGCUGUUAGAGCGACUUGGGGAAGGGGUCAACAAGCCAACAGCUAU